UGUGGUGGUGUCUGAUGUGCCCAGCUGUGUCCAGCAGGGAGUGCCAGUCCCAGACAUGGAGCAGGUUCAACACUCUGGGUACAGCACUGUCACCCGGCCAUUAAUGAUGAGCCCAGCUGGCAUUGAGUCAUCGUUCAGCAUAGAGCAUCCCAUCCAUGCCAUCCGUUUAAAAGCUUGGGGGUCUCGGACACGUGCCAUAAACCAGCAGAAUUUACAAAGUUGGAGUGGGGGGGUACCACAACACCUGCAAGGAGUCCUCUGAGCUUGCUGCUUGGCAUGAAGUGGGCAAUGGCACCUCACGGUACUGCUCUCAUAGAUAGUCAUGGUGCCACCUGCACCUUCAGUGCCAGUCUGGCCCUGGCAUUCUGUUUCUCUUUGCCCCUGUUUCCCUAACACUCGGUCUUGUCUUGCAGGUUUUAAAUUUGCUCACAGAACAAGAAGUGAAGAUGGCAGUGCCCAGCCAAUGCAUUGUGCCCAGGACUUUCAUUCUUAAGCCAGGCAUGGUGCUCUUUCUGGGUGGUCUUGGACGUGUUGACUAUAUUAAGGGACAAAACUCUUGCUGGCUGUCAGUCGUCGCCUCAAAUCAGCUGCCCGUCCACAUCAGCAGGCUUGAGAGGGCCGAGGAACUCUAUGCAAAGCAUGCUGGGAAGACAACGCUACUGGGGGUGCCCACUGGAGGGGCGGAGCGCAUGCAGCAGUUCCCGGCACUGGAGCCCCACGACGUUGAGGUAGAUGGACUGGGCCCAAGGGAAGCUGCUGCAGACAUCCAGCUCUUCUCGGCAGGCUGGGUGGCGGUCACCGCGGCAGCCACUGAGAAGAUGCUGUUCCGGGUUCACACGCCAGCUGGCACUACCCCGGGCCUACGGAGGCCACCACUGCUGCCCUACAUUGUGACCCUGAAGGGAGAACGAAUCCGGAAGACGCCUGCCUACAAGGCGCUGAAGCCAGAGGCGCCAGCGGAGGUGAAGAGGCCCAGGAGGUGAGAGCUGAUUGGCCAGAGCUCUUCGUACAUGUGAGGAUGGGGGGCCUGUCACCGUCAGCCCAAUGUCACGUGGCCGAGAUGAGGACACUUUGAAGGGGCCUGGCGUGGGGUCGGUGGAGCUGUGAGCUCUGCACCCACACACAAUCACAAUGUGACUGACUGGGAAAUAAAGUGCCUUACUGGUGCCCACAUGGA